UCCAUCAGAUUCAUCAGGAACAUGCAAGCUAUAAAUCAAACAGGUGUUUCAGAAUUUUUUCUCCUGGGACUGACAGAUGAUCCAGAACUGCUGCUCCUCAUCUUCUACCUGUUCCUGUCCAUGUACCUAGUCACUGUGAUUGGGAAUCUGCUCAUCAUCCUGGCCGUCAGCUCUGACUCCCACCUCCACACCUCCAUGUACUUUUUUCUCUCUAACCUGUCCUUUAGUGACAUCUGUUUGGUCACAUGCACUGUCCCAAAGAUGCUGGUGAACAUCAUAGCACAGGAUCAGAGCAUCUCCUACACAGGCUGCCUCUCCCAGGUCUGCUGUGUCUUAGUUUUUGGUGGUUUUGAAAGUUGUCUCCUCACAGUGAUGGCUUAUGACCGCUAUGUGGCCAUUUGUCACCCUCUCAGGUACACAAUAAUCAUGAAUGCUCAAUUCUGUGUCUUGCUAGUAUUUUCAUCCCUGUUUAUUAGCACUGUGCAUGCCCUGCUCCACACUCUGAUGGUGCUGCACCUGUCCUUUUGCACAGACCUGGAAAUCCCACACUUUUUCUGUGAGCUUGCUCAGGUCAUCAAGCUCGCCUGUUCUGAAACCCUCAGCAAUAACAUUCUAAUAUAUUUGGUGGGUGGCCUCUUUGGUGGUGUUCCUCUCUCAGGAAGCAUUAUCUCUUAUAUUCCCAUUAUGUCCUCAGUCUUGAAAAUGCCAUCAAGAGGAAAGUAUAAAGCCCUUUCCACCUGUGGGUCUCAUCUGUGUGUUGUUUCAUUGUUCUAUGGGACAGGAUUUGGGGUCUCCAUCAGCUCUGUAGUUACAGAUUCAACAAGGAAGACUGCAGUGGCCUUGGUGAUGUAUUAUGUGGCCACUGAGAUGGUGAACCCUUUUAUCUACACUCUGAGGAACAGGGACAUGAAGGAAGCCUUGAAGAGACUCAAUGUUAUGUUACCUUCUUUUCUGUAA